GAACGUUGCUUCUACACAUCAAUCUUUCAAAGCAAAGCAAAGCAAACCAAGUCUACUGCGUUCAUCAUGGCUGAAACCUCGGCAGCAUCAAGAGUAUUCUCAAUACCAGAGCUUCUCCAGGAAGUCUUAUCUUAUCUUCCCCAGACUUGUCUUUUAUCCACAGUUCCACUUGUUUGCAGAAGUUGGGGGGUCGCCCUUACCUCCCCAUCUCUUGAAAGAGCUCAAUGGCUUCGACCUGCGAUACAUAAUGGGCCGUCGACAUGGUCAGAUCUUUUGGAAAAACAAUUUGGUAUCUUUUUUGAUUUCAAUCUGAUAUCGAAUCGUCAGGUACUUGACUCAACCGCAUUCGACACUUUACCUUGGAAGCAAAAUCUCGACGCUUUUCAGAGAGCCGAUGCAAGCUGGCGUAAUAUGCUCGUAUUUCAACCUCCUUGUUAUCAGUUUGCGAUAGAGAGAAUUAGGUAUGAUCGAAGUGGACUUAUGCAACAAACAGUCAUUCUGCCGUGUCCCGAUGGUCUUAGGAUGGGAAUGGUUUGGGACAUAGCACAAGAAUGGUGUUUGAGAAGAAAACAUUGGUUACAAAUGACUGGUCCUGAGGUCGAAAAAGAGUACCGAAACCCUGAAGUUGGAUAUGAUGAACCGAUGAUUCCAAAGAUGAUACUGCACUGGCACAUAACUUGUCCCCGUCGAGGUUCUCAGGCCAGUUUAGAAGAUGACUGGGUCAGUAAGGGAAGAGAGGAAUUUGAUCUAUUCAAAUUGUAAGCGAAGCGGUUUCUCAGAAAGCAGCGCUUCUGGAAACGAAAACAACUCCAAACAGUUCCAUGAGAAUAAUAAAAUGGAUAUCUGUAACGAAUUAUCUCUACACCCCGAUACAACUGUUACUCACGAUGAGGAAAGGCUCCGAACAACAAUUUGCAUUUACUCACAAGGCGGAGGCUCGAAGCCUGUACAAGGUAGUUUUUUCGAGACCCGGGCGCAUGGUCGAGCAGGUGGAUAUAAUGACUAUGUGGAGUAUAUUGAACAUUAUCAUAAUCUUUUCCUUUGUGCGCAAAAAUCGAGGACGGAUCUGGAUGAAUAUGUUUAUUUUACUGGCGCAAAUUGUCUCAAAAUAGGGUUUUCAGUCUUGUAAGAUCAAGUCUUUAUUCUGGGGCAAGCUAUAUAUACGAUGGGUUUCAGGAUGAUGGGUAUUUCGGAUGGUUGAAUUCUGAUAGGAAAUGGAUCUUCGAUGGACUUCGCAGGCUCAUUUGGCAUCUUGAUUUGAAGGUCUUCCGGGUGUUGGUUUUCAAUUAGGCGUUGAAGAACACCUUGGUCAGUAAGAUCUGUGAAGAUAGGGGUUACAUCAACCUAGGGAUUCUAAUAAUCGCACUGUAUAGCAUCAUCUAUAUAACAGAACUCGCAGUUCAAUUUGAUCUUCUUAGGUGUUAUUUCCCAUUCAAUAAUAAAUUGUUUAAAUCA